UUUGAUUUAGAUUCCAUUUGGACAUUCAUAUUUGGAGUUCCUGCUUCCUGUGGCACUGUCACCUCUUCAAUACACAAUGUUUGCACAGAAGCUGCCUUCUUGUUGCUGGGCAUGCUGAGGAGCAUGCUGAAUUCUCCUUGGCAGUCAGAGGAAGAGGGCUCUUGGCUCCGGGAGUAUCCAGUCACCCUGAUGCAGUUCUUCAGGUACCUGUAUCACAAUGUGCCCGACCUGGUUUCCUUGUGGAUGAGUCCAGAGUUCCUGUGUGCCCUGGCAGCAACAGUGUUCCCUUUCAACAUCCGGCCUUACUCUGAGAUGGUCACUGACCUUGAUGAUGAAGUUGGGUCCCCAGCUGAAGAGUUUAAAGCCUUUGCAGCUGACUCUGGCAUGAACAGGAGCCAGUCAGAGUACUGCAAUGUUGGCACCAAGACAUACCUCACCAACCACCCUGCCAAGAAGUUUGUGUUUGACUUCAUGCGUGUGAUGAUAAUCGAUAACUUGUGCCUCACACCAGCCAGCAAACAGACCCCACUGGUAGAUCUUCUGCUAGAGGCUUCCCCUGAGAGAUCAACACGAACACAGCAGAAGGAGUUCCAGACGUAUGUUUUGGAUGGAGUGAUGGACCACUUGCUUGCAGCUGAUGUGUUAUUGGGUGAAGAUGCAUCCCUGCCUAUCACCAGUGGGGGAAGCUACCAAGUGCUGGUGAACAACGUGUUCUAUUUCACACAGAGAGUGGUGGAUAAGCUUUGGCAGGGCAUGUUCAACAAAGAAUCCAAACUGCUCGUGGAAUUCAUCAUCCAGCUCAUUGCACAGUCAAAAAGAAGAUCUCAGGGCCUGUCGCUGGAUGCUAUUUACCACUGCCUGAACAGGACCAUCCUCUACCAGUUCUCAAGGGCACACAAGACUGUUCCUCAGCAAGUGGCUCUCCUUGAUUCCCUGAGGGUCCUUACUGUGAAUAGAAACUUAAUUUUGGGACCUGGAAAUCAUGACCAAGAGUUCAUCAGCUGCCUAGCUCACUGCUUGAUUAACCUGCACGUGGGAAGCAACGUUGAUGGGUUUGGAUUGGAAGCAGAAGCCAGGAUGACAACUUGGCACAUUAUGAUCCCCUCUGAUAUAGAACCAGAUGGAGUCUACAAUCAAGAUGUCAGUGAAGGUCGCCAGCUGCUUUUAAAGGCCAUAAACAGAGUCUGGACAGAGCUGAUCCACAGUAAAAAACAGGUUUUAGAAGAAGCUUUCAAAGUGACUCUACCUGUCAACGAUCGUGGCCAAGUGGAUAUAACUGUUGCCAGACCUUUUAUUGAGGAGGCAAGUCUGAAGUGCUGGCAGAAUCACUUGGCUCAUGAGAAGAAAUGCAUCAGCAGGGGGGAGGCUUUGGUUCCCAGCACACAGUCCAAGCUCUCACGAGUGAGCAGUGGGUUUGGGCUCUCCAAGCUGACUGGCUCCAGGAGGAACCGCAAGGAGAGUGGGCUGAACAAACACAACCUCUCCACACAGGAAAUCUCCCAGUGGAUGUUCACUCACAUUGCAGUGGUUCGGGACCUGGUUGAUAUGCAGUACAAGGAAUAUCAGGAGCGGCAGCAGGACGCCCUGCGCUACGUGGCGGAGGAGUGGUGCCAGCUGGAGUACGAGCUGCUGCGGGAGCGGGGCCUCUGGGGACCCCCCAUCGGCUCCCACCUGGACAAGUGGAUGCUGGAGAUGACCGAGGGGCCCUGCAGGAUGAGGAAGAAGAUGGUGCGCAACGACAUGUUCUACAUCCAGUACCCCUACCUGCCCGAAGCUGAGCAAGAGACAAACCUGCUGGUACGUGUUCCUGGCUUUGGGAUGACCGAGGGGCCCUGCAGGAUGAGGAAGAAGAUGGUGCGCAACGACAUGUUCUACAUCCAGUACCCCUACCUGCCCGAAGCUGAGCAAGAGACAAACCUGCUGUCUGACUUCUCAAGUAGACUUCCUGAGACAUCUGAUGAUGCCAUUCCUCAAAAGAAGCCCGCCCGGUACCGGCGCGCCGUCAGCUACGACAGCAAGGAGUACUACAUGCGCCUGGCCUCGGGCAGCCCCGCCGUCCUGCAGGACGCCAUCGAGGAGAGCAGCCUGGGGGAAGCCUCUCAGCAGGAGCCAGAGCACGGCGAGGACACCAUCGCCAGAGUCAAAGGCCUGGUGAAGCCUCCCCUGAAACGAUCUCGCUCUGCUCCUGACGGGGGAGAUGAUGAGAACCAGGACCAGUCCCAGGACCAGCUCGUUGAGGGGAGUUCCAUCGACGAGGAGGAGAAGACUGACAACACGACUUUGCUUCGGCUCCUCGAGGAAGGAGAGAAGAUCCAGCACAUGUACCGCUGUGCCCGCGUUCAGGGCCUCGACACCAGCGAGGGGCUGCUCCUCUUUGGGAAGGAGCACUUCUAUGUCAUCGAUGGCUUCACCAUGACAGCCACCAGAGAGAUCCGGGACAUCGAGACGCUGCCUCCAAAGAUGCAUGAACCAAUCAUACCAAGGGGAGCAAGGCAGGGCCCGAGUCAGCUCAAAAGAACAUGCAGCAUUUUUGCCUAUGAGGAUAUCAAGGAAGUGCAUAAAAGGAGAUACCUUUUGCAGCCAAUUGCAAUUGAAGUUUUCUCAGGAGACGGACGGAACUAUCUUCUAGCUUUCCAAAAAGGGGUUAGGAACAAAGUUUAUCAAAGGUUUUUGGCUGUGGUGCCAUCUCUGACUGACAGUUCGGAGUCGGUGUCUGGGCAGAGACCAAACACCAGCGUGGAGCAAGGGUCUGGCUUGCUUAGCACUUUAGUGGGAGAAAAAUCUGUUACUCAAAGAUGGGAAAGAGGAGAGAUCAGUAACUUCCAGUACCUGAUGCACCUGAACACCCUGGCGGGCAGGUCCUACAAUGACCUCAUGCAGUACCCUGUCUUCCCCUGGAUCCUCGCAGACUACGACUCAGAG